GAUUUUCCCCGGAGUGGCCAGACAGGCUGGGGGGACACUCGAUGGCAGAGCUAGUAGGAGUAACUAACGGGACAUGCGGACGGAGUGAUUUCUUCUAAUAUUUCAAGUUCUGUUUGUCGUUGGCUUGAGGCCUCGCCAUGCCGCUGGUAAAGAGGAACAUCGAUCCGCGUCACCUCUGCCGGGGGGCGCUGCCGGAUGGUAUCGGCAGCGAGCUGGAGUGUGUGAUGAACAACACCUUGUCUGCCAUCAUCCGUCAGCUCAGCAGCCUGAGUAAACAUGCAGAGGACAUAUUUGGCGAGCUCUUUAACGAGGCCAACAAUUUCUACCUGCGUGCCAACUCUUUACAGGACCGUAUCGACCGGCUCGCUGUCAAAGUCACACAGCUGGACUCCACCGUGGAGGAAGUUUCUUUGCAAGAUAUCAACAUGAGGAAGGCCUUUAAGAGCUCCACUAGACAGGACCAGCAGGUGGUGUCCAAGAGCAGCGUGCCUAACCCUGUCAAAGAGAUGUACAACCUGAGCGACAAGCCUCCACCGCUCACCAUCCUCACACCUUACAGAGAUGAUCACAAGGAAGCCCUGAAGUUUUACACCGACCCCUCCUACUUUUUUGACUUGUGGAAAGAAAAGAUGCUGCAGGACACUGAGGACAAAAGGAAAGAGAAGAGGAAGCAGAAGGAGCAGAGGCGUUGUGUGGAUGGGACACUGCAGAGGGAAGUUAAAAAGGUCCGCAAGGCACGGAACCGCCGACAGGAGUGGAACAUGAUGGCUCUGGAUAAGGAGCUGAGGCCGGACCACCGACACACCAUUCACAGGGACAGAGCAGCCUCCUCUGAAGGAUCCAUGUCACCAGAAAACAGGGGUCACAGUGCAGAUCCACAUCACUACCCAAACAGUAUGAACCAUGCCGGCCACGCCCACACCUACUCUGGCCCUCCGCCCAGCAUCCUGGCCGCCCAGAUGGCCGCAGGACACGCCCCACGUGGAGGAGGGGAUCAUGACAGCAGAGGUAGGAGCAUGAUGGCGUACCAGGGUGGGACACUGGGUCGUUCUCACCACCACCAAGCUCCUCUGCCUCCUCCGCCUGCUGAGGCCAUGAAUGGUGGAUCUAUGUCUCUGCCACCGAUGGACUACAGCAUGGAUGGCUAUGCCAACACUGGCCCUCCCCCGCCUCCCCCUGCACCCCUCAUACCCUCUGCGCAGACGGCCUUCGCCUCACCACCCGGAGGACCCAUGUCCCCUGGCCCCAUGGCUGUCUCUGGAGGUUACGCUCCUCCUCCGCCACCUGUAUCUGGAGCUCAGAUGGCUCCGCCUCCUCCCGGUCCACCAGGUCCACCGCCUCCACCCGUUACAGCUGGUGCCUCCCACUCCUACAAGAUGUCUUCCACGGCGCAGGCUGAGAACACAGCGGUCAGCGACGCUCGCAGUGACCUGCUAGCUGCUAUACGCAUGGGCAUCCAGUUAAAGAAGGUGCAGGAGCAACAGGAGCAGCAGGCGAAGAGAGAACCUGUUGGAAACGACGUGGCCACCAUUCUGUCCCGGCGUAUCGCCGUGGAAUACUCCGACUCGGAAGACGACUCAGAGUUGGAGGAGAACGACUGGUCAGAUUAAUAAAGAUAGAAACAUAGGAUAGCUACUGAAACACGGUUAAUCUCUCGCUCACCCUGGAGAACUCCCACUGUGACACAACCACAGACCACCUGAGACUUUGUUGCUGUUAAACACAGAAGCUGCACCCGAACACAAUCACAUCCUAUAGGGCUCAUAUAAGCUAUAAGGUCUAAAACUGGAACAUUCUGGGCUAUGUGCAAAAAUACUGUACAUAAACUCCAUUAACGAGCAAAGCUGUUAACCACUCAGCUUCAUUAUAAUACUUUAAAUCAUUGUGAAUACACCCCAGUUGAUGUUUCUCUAACACUGUAACAAACAAUGUGAAGUUAUUUCCUGUAUAGUCAGAGCUUGAAAGUUUUAGGAUGAUUAGAAACCUUCAUGUUGAGCUAACCUAUGUACUUUUUUUAUGGUGGUUUUACUGAAUUACCUGCGUAUGUUAGAUCCUCAGGUAACUCUUUAAGUUGUAGAUAAAUAUAUAUAUAUAUAUAGGAAAAGAUUAGUGGAAGUUUGGAAGGAGCGUUUCAGCUUUUUUCAAGCGGGUUCAUGUGGAAUUAUCAGAUGUCGUUGGCCUAGAAGUAGUAUAAGUGGAUCUAAAAUGCUUUUUCUUUAACUCCAAACGGUUCUGACAUAUUUCUGCUACUAAAGAUACUGACCGCAGAUCCACAUAACCCGACUUGGAAGUAUCCAGCCCACAGGUGCUCACAGUAUUCAUUCCUUCUGGACUUUAUCAAUAUUUCGUUCCAGGUUAAGGCUGCAGACUUUUACGUUUUUUAUAAGAGUCGUGUGAGAAUCCAACACAAAGUAGUGAAACGUAAUGACAAAAAAAACCUUUUAAAUUUUUUUAUUUCUUUAAAAAUAGAAAUCUAAGUUUUUCAUAAUCGACUUUUGUUGGGAGUUUUUUCAGCAUGUGUCUCUACCUGCUUCAUUAAACUAGGUUUUCUGUCUGUACAGAGGAAAAGCAUGAUGCUUUCACUACCGUGUUUCAGAACCAUGGUGGCGUUAACAGGAUUGAAUUUAGGGCUAGUUGUAAAACCAUCUUUGUUUAGAUGAGCUCCCCCACAGCAUGAUGCUUCCACCACCAUUUUUUCUAUAGGGAUGCUCCCUGGGUUUAGGCCAACAUGUUUAAUUCCUGUAGUUUCUGACAAUAGUAAUGUUAUCCACAUGUUUGGUAUCAGCUUUUUAGAUUUUAGCUUUUAAUUUUACUUAAUUUUCUCCUGAUGAUUGCACCACUUUGUGUUGGCCUAUCACUUAAAAUACAAUUAAAAGCUACAGCUUUUUAUUGUAGUUUGAUUAAAUACAGGAAAAGUUUUCUCACAAAUGAGCCAGUUGCAUUUGCAAUCUAUUCCUGAUGUGUGUGUCUGUGGUGUGUAUGUGUAUAUGGGGCUAAUUUGUAACUCUAUAACCUCUGACCCCAAAGAGAAAUAAAAUCAUGAAUGAAGGAUCGCUGCUG